GGUGGCCAUGGCCUCCAUGGCGGCGGCGAUCGCCGCCUCCCGCACAGCGGUGAUGAACGGCAACCGGCCGCUGGACGAGCGGGAGCGCAAGCGGUUCAGCUACUUCUCCUCGCUGAGCCCCAUGGCGCGUAAAAUCAUGGCGGAGAAGGAACGGAUCCGCGAACGCUACGGGCCCGAGUGGGAGCGGCUGCCGCCCCGCCAGCAGGACGAGAUCAUCGACAAGUGCCUGGUGGAGCCGCACGUCCAGGCCCGCUACGCCGCGCACCGCGGUGCCGCCCGCCCCGCCGCGCCGCCCGCCUCCUACCCCAGCCUCCGCCUCAACACGGGCCAGAAGGUGGUGCGCUUCGGCGACGAGGACAUAACUUGGCAAGAUGAACACUCGGCUCCGUUCUCCUGGGAAACGAAGAGUCAAAUGGAGUUCAGCGUUGCAUCUCUGUCCAUACAAGAGCAAGGUGGUGCCCAGUUGCAAAAUGAACAGAGGCAGCCUGUUAAAGCAGCACCUGGUGUCCAAGUCCCUAAAUCUUCUCAGGCCAGUAAGACCCCUGGCUCUGAGGGGUUGAUAGCAUCCAGAAAGGAAGAAGAGUCCUCCUUCUGGAAGAUAAAUGCAGAGCGUUCAAAGUUUGAAGGAGACAAGUCUGAGUUCCAGUCUCUGACCCCCAGCCAGAUCAAGUCCAUGGAGAAAGGAGAGAAAGCCCUUCCCUCUUUUUACAGACAAGAGUCUACUCCAAAGGAGGUGGCAAAAGCUGAGAAGCCCAGUGUAACUAAAUCAGAGAAGUCUGUCGCCCCCAGCCUACCUUCUGUAUCUCUUGAAUGGGAGAAACCUCGACCCACUCAACUCCCUGUUAGUUCUCUAGAUGACUUCUUUCUUCCUGACCCACCACAGGACCUGGCAUCUUCUAGGACAAACAAGGAAGAUACUGAUGGUACUAUACUUACAGAUCCACAAAUGCCUGGACAGACUAGUACAAGCAAUGUUAUCUUGAAGACUGGCUUUGAUUUUCUAGACAACUGGUAAAAGAUACUUCAAAAUAGAUCAAACCAAUUUUGGGGAAGGAGUGGAAUAUCUUUCUCCUUGUAUGUUAAUUUACUAGCAUUUGUGUCUUUUUCUAGAAGUAACUUUCAAACUCUUAAAUGUUGCCUUUGUAUAAACUUUUGUAAUACCAUAUGCGUUUUUGGUUUUUAAACAGUGAUAGAAGUGUGGUUUCAUUUGGAUAUUUUUUUAAUAUCUGUUAAAAUUUUUAGUAGCUACUGUAUUGAGAGGAUGGGAGAAGUUACCAUACACAUGUUAAAGAAAAAGAAAUCAGAGUCUCCAUAUCCUGGAAAUGGAACCUACAGGACCAGAUUGCUGUUUUCAGUCAAAACCUUGCUAGCAUGGCUUGUAAGAAAUAGCACUGCACAAUGGUUCCAAAUGAGCAAAUAAUUCCAUACUUCAGAUAACUAGCAAAAACAGUAUGAAAAAUAAGCAUACAGAAGAACUGCAUUGAUUUCUAUAUUUCAUUUAGUUUGAAAGCAACUUUUUUACCACUUAUUUGAAAACACUUUUCUUUUGAAGAGGGCAAAGGCAUUGCCAGAAUGAUGGAUCCAAAGAAGCACUGUGUGUGUACCCUACAAAUCUGCUAAAAUAACAUAAGAGUGUUAGAAAAAUGACCCGGGGAAAUGACAGGUGUUUCUGAUCUUUGGAUUAAAGACUUGGGGGUGGGUGGAGGGGAAUGGGACACCACCUAAUAAACGGGAGAAACUGUCUUCAGGGAACACAAGCCUGAUGAUUUAUUUCACUGCCUCCUUACUAGAGCAUAACUCUUCAUAGUAGUAGUGCUGGAAGUACAGCACUGGGAAUUGCUGGAGUGUAGAUUACCUUUGUGUCAGGAAACCGCUAUGUUUAUGGGAGGUCAUAGCAGUAUAAGGCUUCUUUGUUUUUUAAGCAGCUUAUCGUCUCAAGGACUCAUCAACUUUGGUGCUUUUUCCUCCUUGUGGGUACAUUCUCUUCAGCAUUCAACAUCUGGGUUACAGUUGUUCCCGAGGUGCAGAGAGGCAUCUCAAGGUGGCCCUCAGCAGACUUGCCUCCAGUUCUGCUUUCGAAUUACCUUUGUUUGGUGUUUAAAAUGUAGAGAACAAGACUAGCUGUCAUUUGAAUCUGUCGUCUCUGAAAUGCAGCAUGAUUUACACACUGACUCUCACUGUGUUUACCUCACCUUGAAGCCUUAAUUCUCCCUACGCACAGCCAGUGACUGGUCUGCUCCAAUGCCAAAGGUUUGACCUUUCCCUUUACCUCAGCAAUAGUCCCAUAGCAUUUGUUUGGGGUAGAAGGCAAAACGCAGGGCUCUAAUGGGUCUAAUGGGUCCCAGCCAAGGCUAUAAGAAGGUCACCAUCUCCUAGACCAUAAUUGUGCUAGGCUUCUCAUGGAUUAGCACUUGACAUUUGGUUCAGUGCCAGGGGCAGUUAAAUGUGCAGAAUUGGAUGCUUCAGGAUUUUCUUCUGCCUGUUACAGGAAUAGUUUGAGAUGUCCUGGAAGAAUCCUUGCCUCUAAUUGGUGUGCUGCUUGCUCUGAACAAGCAGAGGAUGCUGAUGGAGCAUUAAAACUUACUUGCUGAUCAAGGAAAAUGCUUUAAGCUACACCCCCCCACACCCC